UCCCACGCAGUGUUUACCGACAGAGCAGAGUCAAAAACAACCGAUAGGGACUAAUAAUAAAAAAACGAGACAAUAACGUCACCAUAUUUUGGAUAGCAUUACGCACAGAACAUUUCUAGUAGUAUAUUAUUUCAAUUGCUAUAAUUAACAGAAAUGGGGGUGCUGACAAAGAAACCCAAAACUUUUGAGGUUCGUUUUAAUGACCCGAACAAGCUCGUGUACAGCAGCGGAGAUAAAGUGGCUGGUCGGGUACUAGUGGAGGUAUCGGAGAUAACGCGCGUCUCCGCCGUCAGGCUGUUCGGGGUCGGAUGCGCAAAGGUCGAGUAUAGUAAAGGAAAGCACAGAUGCAGAGAGGAAAUCGAUUACCUGAAGUACGAGGAAGUUCUUCACCUUGAUCAUCAUCCCACCGAUGCAGAUGGCACUAUCACUCUCAGGGCUGGAAACAAAUAUGAAUUUAUGUUUGGAUUUGAGCUUCCACAGGCAGGGUGCUUAGUUUCCUCGUAUGCUGGGAAGUUCGGCUCAGUUUUUUACUAUGUAAAGGCGGUCAUAGAAAAAUCAGGCCAGCUGUAUGCAGAAUGCAAGCGAAAUUUUGAGGUGGAGGAACCGAUUGAUGUGAACACCCAAGAGCUGAUGACUCCAGUUACAGGUGCGAAAGAGAAGAAAGUCACCUGCAUGUUUAUUCCCGACGGCAGCGUUUCUAUAGCCGCCCGCAUUGACCGGAAGGGUUACUGCGAGGGAGAAGAUAUCACCAUCAAUGCCAAGUUCGAAAACACCUGUUCCCGCAUCGUCAUUCCUAAAGCGGCCAUCAUAGCCAAGCAUAUUUAUCUGGCGAACGGGCGCACCAAGGUACUCAACGAGAAACUCACUUCGGUCAGGGGCGACCACAUCAUCUCCGGCAUGUGUGACAUGUGGCAGGGUAGAGUCCUUCGCGUGCCCAAGCUCAAGCCUACUAUCUUAGGCUGCGACAUCAUCCAUGUCGACUACAGUCUGAGGAUCUAUGUGCACAUCCCAGGCAGUGAGAAGCUGAUCCUUGAACUACCCCUGAUCAUCGGGACGAUCCCCUACAACGGCCUGAACAGUCGAACUAACAGCAUGAGCAGUCAGGACGCCAGUGGCACCUCCAGCACCUGCGUCUCCAUCCCGUCCUUUCCUCCCAGCUACAGCGAGAUCUCCCGGGACAACCGCAUGGAUAGCUCCUUCAUUCCACUUCUGGAUGAUUACGAUGAAGAUGAUAGUCCUAUCUUCAUGCACAUGGGCGGGCACGAUCUACCCCCUCCUCCAGCAUACACUGAGCAGGACUAAAGCUCCAGUAGGAGAACCUGACAGUGACAUUCAGAUCCCGGGAUGCAGAAGAAUGCUGCUAGAAGACCAUGCGGAGCUGUGGAAUAUAAAUUGGUGCCGCACCCCAAGACCAGAUUGUUUAGUGGUCCUAAAUUUGUUUUUCUCCUUGGAACAGCUUUACUGAUGUAAGAAUUAAAGAAAAUUACCACUCUUGUGUAUGAUAUUGUGGAUCCUCAGCAUCUGAGAGAGUUUAGAGAGAUUUGUGUGAAGUUUGCCAUAUUGGUAGUUGUUAAUGCUGUUCCAGAUUGGAAAGUGAAGUGGUUUCCAUGAGUACUCUUAAAGUAACUGGAAACAUUGUAUGAAUAGAUUUUUGUAUUGAAAUAAUAUUAAACAUGGUUUUUAACAUGAUUACAACAGUUAUGAUAUUUGCAAUGUCUUUUAUUGCAGUUUUAAUCUAUCGUUGCAGUGCAUGUAUUUAUGAUUUGAUUUUUAAAUCAGAAUAUUUGUAUAAAAUAUAAAUAGAAUUGAAUUAAUCACAUUUAAUUUUGAUUGUUAUCUGAAUCUUGUAUUUUGUAUUUGUCACAUAAUAUUUGCAAGGCAUAAAAUAAAACAUUUGAAAUAAUUAAA